GUCCCCCCCACCCCCCACCUUCCUGUUCUGCCCGUUGCUGCCGGGGGAAGUGGUCAAAGGUCACGUGAUGGCUGGGGGCGCCCUGGGGGUCCUGGUGCUACUGGCAGUUCUGUCCCCAGCAAGAGGGGACCCCCCAACUGUUGCCACCAGUAACUUCCAGUAUGACUGGCAGGGCCUCCGUGUGGCCGGUCUGGUCGUUGCCGCCGUCCUGUGUGUCACCGGCAUCAUCGUCCUCAUCAGUGGGAAAUGCAAGUGCCGGAGGAAACGGAGCCACCACCGUCCUCCCCCUGAGAUGUCCAACCUCAUCAAGGCCGGAGCUGCCAGCUCAUGCUGAUUUGUCCCCAAGUGUCCCCAAGCAGGGGGGAGGGGACACCCCGGUGCCACUCGGCGCUGGAGGGAGGAGCAGGUUUAUUUUGGGGUGAAACCCCCCAAAAAAAGGCAAAAAUGGCGGGAAAGGAUUAAAAACCAUAAGUGGAAAA